AUGAAAAUCGCACUCGCAGGCGUCGGAGACGUAGGCAACUACUUUAUGGAAGAAUUCAGCAGAUCCACACAUGAAGUCGUCCUCCUCACGAGCAAACACAAAAGCCACCUAGAUCGCCUACCCAUUGACCAACAGAUCACCGAUUACAGCGUCGAGAACCUCACACUGCACCUGCAGGACUGCGACGCCGUGGUAUCCACCUUCUGCGGACCUGAGGACAAAUAUAUCUCCGCCCAUCUUGCAAUUCCAGAAGCAUGCACCCGGUCUCCAAAAUGCAAACGCUUCCUGCCAUCAUCCUGGACCACCAACAUCGAAGACUUCGGAGACCAACCGAUCAUGAUCGCGCACUCACGAGACACAAUCUGGAAAGCCCUUCGCGCGCAACACGAGGUUAAAUGGACUAUGAUUUGCAACGGGUGGUUCAUGGACUACGUUGUGCCCGCCUCACAGCGGUAUCUCCGAGAUGUUGGCGUUGGAUGGGUGAUGGAUCACCAAAAUAAAGUGUUCGAGUUGUAUGCGGAUGGACAGCAGAAGGUUACGCUAACGUCUGUCCGGGACGUUGCUCGGGCGGCAUUGUCGAUAUUGGAGCAUGACGAGAUCGAGUGGAACGAAUUCACUCACUUCGGAGGCCAGACCUUGACAUACCUUGAAUUGUAUAAGUUGAUCAAGAGACGGGACCCGGAGUGGACAUUGAAGAAGUUGCCCUUUGCUGAGGUGAUAGAAAGGAUUACGUCGGGGAAGUUGGUCGGGGAGGAUGUCGACUUGGAGUACUUUAGAAUUAUGGGCUUUACCAAUUGCAACAAGGCUCCGGAGGAUAGGGCUUUGACGUGGGGGACGGGCUUGUUGGAGGGUCUGAGGGCUCGCGGUGUGGAGGAACUUCUGGAUGAGGCGGCUAAAGACGAGAAGGUGGUUCCUUGA